ACAGUUAACCGUUCCCCUCUUCGAAUUGCUCUUGAACUUAUGCGGUGAUGCCGCUAGAAAGCAGUAGUCACGUGUAUUUCCUCGAGUCUGAUCGAGAAAGGCAGAAUGAAGCUCUUCUUCAAGCUGGUGCUCGCAGGGGUCUCCUCGAUCUUUGCUGCCCAGUGCCUCGCUGGUGCGGUCGCCGCACGUGCGGGAAUGCCGGAGAUCACUAUUCGUGAAGAAGAGGAGGAGCUUUUUCCGUCGCUAGAUGAUGUCCUUGACACUUCCCCAUUCCCAGCCAGACUUUGGAUGGGCCCCGGUGAGAAGCAAGCCACAGAGAGCCACACUCCGGCGACAAUUCCAACGGCGUACAAGUCUACACCGGGACUUUCUGCGACAGUCACGGGAGGCGAGGACGGGUCCGCGAAAAUGGUCGGGAUGGACGUUGCGAAGAAGCCGGUGAAAGUGUCAGUGAAGAAGGAAGAGGAGAAUAAAGAUGUAGAAGCGAAUGAGGAUGGGUGGGAUUAUAUUGUCAGCAAGGGCGUACCGGGGAAGAUACCUGCCACGGUCAUGGACGAGGCAAGAAAGGCCGAUGUUGUGGCCGAUGGGGAGGCGAAACCUGCUAUGAGAGAGGCACAAGAGAGGAGGAAACCCUGGGAGACACAAGAGGAAAAGAUACUUGUUUUGCCAAAGGUGCAGAGGAUACUUGCUUUGCCAAAGGAAGAGAAGAAACACGUUUCGACAGCAAAAGGGGAGGAACCAUUUUCCUCAAAGGAAGAGGAAAGACAUGUAUUGCUAAACGGCGAGGAGAGGAAACCUGUUGUACCAAGAGCAGGGAGGGAGCAGCCUGCUGUUCCGCGGCAGGAAGAACAGAAACUUGUUUUGCAAAAGACAGAGAGGAAACCAGUUUUGCCAGAGGAAGACCAGAAACCGGUUUUACCAGAAACAGGGGCGAAACAUGUUUUACCGGAAAUAGCGACCAAAUCCACUUUGACGCAGAAAGAGGUGACAAAACCCGUUGAAACAAGACAGGACAUGAGGGGGACCGCUGGUUCUAUGGAAGAGAAGAAGCCUGUUUUGCCCGGAGAAGGGAAGAGACAUGUCUUGCCAAAAGACGAGACGAAACCUGCAUUGACGGAGGAAAAGAGAACGAAACCCGUUGAACCAAGAAAGGAGAUGGAGAGCCCCGCUCGCCCCAUGGAAGAGGAGAAGCCUGUUUUACCCGGAGAAGGGGAGAGACAUGUUUUGCCAAAGGACGAGAGGAAACCUGCAUUGACGGAUGAAAAGAGAACGAAACCCGGUGGACCACGAACGGAGAUGGAGAGGCCCGCUGCUGGUUCUAUGGAGAAGGACAAGCUUGUUUUGCCCGGAGAAGGGGAGGGACAUGUUUUGCCAAAGCACGAGACGAAACCUGCAUUGACGGAUGAAAAGAGAACGAAACCCGGUGGACCACGAACGGAGAUGGAGAGGCCCGCUGCUGGUUCUAUGGAGAAGGAGAAGCCUGUUUUGCCCGGAGAAGGGGAGGGACAUGUUUUGCCAAAGCACGAGACGAAACCUGCAUUGACGGAUGAAAAGAGAACGAAACCCGGUGGACCACGAACGGAGAUGGAGAGGCCCGCUGCUGGUUCUAUGGAGAAGGACAAGCUUGUUUUGCCCGGAGAAGGGGAGGGACAUGUUUUGCCAAAGCACGAGACGAAACCUGCAUUGACGGAUGAAAAGAGAACGAAACCCGGUGGACCACGAACGGAGAUGGAGAGGCCCGCUGCUGGUUCUAUGGAGAAGGACAAGCUUGUUUUGCCCGGAGAAGGGGAGGGACAUGUUUUGCCAAAGCACGAGACGAAACCUGCAUUGACGGAUGAAAAGAGAACGAAACCCGGUGGACCACGAACGGAGAUGGAGAGGCCCGCUGCUGGUUCUAUGGAGAAGGACAAGCUUGUUUUGCCCGGAGAAGGGGAGGGACAUGUUUUGCCAAAGCACGAGACGAAACCUGCAUUGACGGAGGAAGGGAGGACGGAACCCAUUGAACCACGAAAGGCGAUGGAGAGGCCCGCUGGUGCGAUGGAAAAGACGAAGCCUGUUUUGCCCGGAGAAGGGGAGAGACAUGUAUUGCCAAAGGCCGAGACGAAAACUGCAUUGACGGAGGAAGAGAGGACGGAACCCGGUGGACCAAGAAUGGCGAUGGAGAGGCCCGCUGCUGGUUCUAUGGAAAAGAAGAAGCCUGUUUCACCCGGAGAAGGGGAGGGACAUGUUUUGCCAAAGCACGAGACGAAACCUGCAUUGACGGAUGAAAAGAGAACGAAACCCGGUGGACCACGAACGGAGAUGGAGAGGCCCGCUGCUGGUUCUAUGGAGAAGGACAAGCUUGUUUUGCCCGGAGAAGGGGAGAGACAUGUUUUGCCAAAGCACGAGAGGAAACCUGCAUUGACGGAUGAAAAGAGAACGAAACCCGGUGGACCACCAACGGAGAUGGAGAGGCCCGCUGCUGGUUCUAUGGAAAAGGACAAGCUUGUUUUGCCCGGAGAAGGGGAGAGACAUGUUUUGCCAAAGGACGAGACGAAACCUGCAUUGACUGAGGAAAAGAGAACGAAACCCGGUGGACCACGAACGGAGAUGGAGAGGCCCGCUGCUGGUUCUAUGGAAAAGGAGAAGCCUGUUUUGCCCGGAGAAGGGGAGAGACACGCUUCGCCAAAGGACGAGAUGAAACCUGCAUUGACGGAUGAAAAGAGAACGAAACCCGGUGGACCAAGAAAGGAGAUGGAGAGGCCCGCUGCUGGUUCUAUGGAGAAGGAGAAGCCUGUUUUGCCCGGAGAAGGGGAGAGACAUGUUUUGCCAAAGGACGAGCAGAAAGCCGCAUUGACGCAGAAGGAGGUGACGAAUCCCGUUGAACCAAGAAAGGAGAUGGAGAGGCCCGCUGCGCCCAUAGAAGGGGAGAAGGGUGUUGUGUCAAGUGAAGAGGAGAAGCCUGUUUCGCCAAAGGAAGCGACGAGACGGAUUCUGCCAAAGGAAGGGAAAGAGAGUCUUGGUACUCGGAAGGAGGAGGUGAAGCCGAUUGUGCGAAGGGCAAAGAGGGGGAGACGGAUUGCACAAAAGGGGAAGGAGAAACAAAUUGCACCGAAGGAGGGGAAGAAACCCGCUGUACCAAAGGAGGGUGAGGAAAGACCCGCUGAACCAACGGAAGGCGAGGAAAGGCCCGUUGGGCCAAAGGAAGGCGAGGAAAGGCCCGUUGGGCCAAAGGAAGGCGAGGAAAGACCCGUUGUGCCGGACGUAGACAAGGAGAAACCUGUUGUGCCUGAAGGAGACAAGGAGAAACCUGUUGUGCCGGAAGGAGACAAGGAUCACCCUGCUCUGCCAGAGCAGGAUGAGGAGAAACACGCUACAUGGGAGAAAGAAAUGAUCCCUGGUGUGGGAGACAAGACGGAAGCGUCAGUCCUUGAUAGUAUAGAAAAUGCUGUGCAGAAGGUGUUGGAGAAUCUUUUGAAGGCUGCCGCUGGCGAGCUUCAGCCUGCAGAGGCCGAAGAGGCAAGACUUCUCGUCGCAGACUUGAAAGCCGUUGUUGACACCGCCGAGCAGGUGCGUGUUGAAGGCGAAGCAUUUUUUCGCGCAUCUGUUGAUUUGUAUGAAGCCGUGAAGAAUCUGAGAGACUCUGAAGAGAAACUGCGGCCCCUCACGAAGGGAGAACUGGUCGAUGUGGUUCGCCAGUUCCUGGCAACACAGAUUUUUGUGCAAGAUCGAGCCAGUGCGUUUCUACGGGUUUUCGAACGUCUUGCAGAAUUGCUUGCUGCAGAGCAGAUGAAGGCGGUGUUUGCAAUGGUGGAGGAAGGCGUUUCGUCAAGUGAACGGGUAGCCAGAGUCGCGGGAGAACUCGUGCCGAUGAUGAAGAAAGACAGGGAACGGCGGUACGGCGACCUGGUGGCUGUCACUUCGUGGUUUAUGCGCCGUAUGGAACACAUAUAAGGCAUUAGAAAACAGCAUUUUGUUCUGGAGAAGGCUCACACACCCUGUAAAUGGACGAAACGGUUUCUCGGCAUGAGACGCCGUUCGCGGGUAGGUUAAAGGAAGGAAGGUGUGAAUGUGUCCAUCCGGCGCCUAGUCUGUGUGCGUUCUGCUGACUUUAGUGAUGUGAAGGCGAUGUGCGAAGUUCCACGCAUGUGUCGCGUAAGGGCAUUCGAAGAGUGUGACAGUGAGCGGAAGACAAAAUUCGCAGAGUAUGGCCAUGUGCGCCUACGAGGAAACUAGUAGAGUAGGGCCGUGUGGCCGGUGCACCAGAAGGUGAACGCCGAAGCUGGGCAAGCUGCCCGGAUAGGAAUAAUUGUUUUGUCAGUAGAUGCCGCCGUUUCCUGUCAAGGUCCGAAGCACAAGAAGUGAUGAUCACGUUGGAUGUGGACAAGCACAUAAACAACAGCAAAGGGUGCUUGAGAGCAUCUGCCGUGGCAAGUAGUGAUUGCGUUGUAAAUGUGCAAUGGACAGCAGACUUGACGGCUUCACAUCCGCGAUUUUGGAGACCGCUGUGUCGGUGGCUCUUUCUAAAAAGAAAGUCGCAAAAGCGUAGGCUAUAACCUUAGCCACGGCAAGAGGCGAGGGACAGAGCAUCCAGUAGAAAAACUGGAGCGAGCGCAUAUGAGGAAUGCGAGAGAGAGAACAGUAGGUUUCGGAAUCGGCAACGGCUUUGGCAGCGGCGAAAGCCAGAAACAAUUGAAAUUCGAUUAUUUUCCCAGGGAAACAUGGAGAGGUGCAGGUAAAUACUCGCGUGAAUGGUACGUGAGCAAGCGGGAGCUCCUUGUGGAGCAGACGAGGCCUUGAACGGAUAUAGGUGUGCUCGAAGGGGAGGAGGGUCUUCCGUGUGGACAUUAUGUCUUUUCAGUGUUUUUUGAAGAAGGAAACCCAGCGCAGUGAGUGGACGAUUGACCUAUCCGUGGUAGGGUGGAGAUGCAUCUGUCGACUUCAGUCAUGCUCGCUGGUAGUCGUUGUGGAGGAAAGUGAAUCGUUCUCGUGCGAAUGGUGGUCGCUGUUCCCGAGACACAAAGUUGUCUCGGCUUGCCUUCUUGUGUGCGAACUGUUUAGAUAAAAACAGUUAGAAUUGAAACGCUUUCAUUG